GUGGGGCGGGGGCGGGACGUCGCCCGGCCGCGGCUCGGGCCUUGGGUCAGCAGCCACCGGGUUGGCCGGCGUCCGGGCGGGACAUGGCGAGUUGUGCAGCCCGGCGGGCCCUGGCUGUGGGCAGUCGCUGCUGGUCCCGGUCGUUGACAGGAGCCCGCGGGCCGAAGCCGUUCUGUGCGGCGCGGGGAGCAGGGGCCUUCCUUCCAGCGGCGACCACGACGGCGCAGAGGCAUCUCUCGUCCCGAAACCGACCAGAGGGCAAAGUGCUGGAAACAGUAGGUGUGUUUGAGGUGCCGAAACAGAAUGGCAAAUAUGAGACUGGGCAGCUUUUCCUUCACAGUGUUUUUGGCUACCGAGGCGUUGUCCUGUUUCCCUGGCAGGCCCGACUCUAUGACCGCGAUGUGGCUUCUGCAGCUCCAGAAAAAGCAGAGAACCCUGCUGGCCACGGCUCUAAGGAGGUGAAAGGCAAAACCCAUACUUACUACCAGGUGCUGAUUGACGCCCGUGACUGUCCACAUAUAUCCCAGAGAUCUCAGACAGAAGCUGUGACCUUCUUGGCCAACCAUGAUGACAGCCGGGCCCUCUAUGCUAUCCCUGGCCUGGACUAUGUCAGUCACGAGGACAUCCUCCCCUACACCUCCACCGACCAGGUUCCCAUCCAACACGAGCUCUUUGAAAGGUUUCUCCUGUAUGACCAGACUAAAGCGCCCCCCUUUGUGGCUCGGGAGACACUGCGGGCCUGGCAAGAGAAGAAUCACCCCUGGCUGGAGCUUUCUGACGUCCACCGGGAAACAACGGAGAAUAUCCGUGUCACGGUCAUCCCAUUCUACAUGGGCAUGAGGGAAGCUCAGAAUUCCCAUGUCUACUGGUGGCGCUAUUGCAUCCGCCUGGAGAACCUUGACAGUGACGUGGUGCAGCUCCGGGAGCGGCACUGGAGGAUAUUCAGCCUCUCUGGCACUUUGGAAACAGUGCGAGGCCGAGGCGUGGUGGGCAGGGAACCAGUGCUAUCCAAGGAGCAGCCGGCAUUCCAGUAUAGCAGCCACGUCUCCCUGCAAGCUUCCAGUGGGCACAUGUGGGGCACGUUUCGCUUUGAGAGACCUGAUGGUUCCCACUUUGAUGUCCGGAUCCCACCCUUCUCCCUGGAAAGCAAUAAAGAUGAGAAGACACCACCCUCAGGCCUUCACUGGUAGGCCAGCUGAGGCCGAGAGCCUGGCCCAGCCCAGCUCACCAGAGGAACAGAUCUCAUCCCACACUUGCUGCAGACUCUUCCUCCUGGUUGCGGGGCCACACUGAGUCACUUAAUCUUUUGCACCAUUUGAUCAUGGGGCCCUUUGGGGAUGCAGUUGUUUUCUUUGGAAAACCCAUGUAGGACUCCUCCAAGGCUGGCCUGUUUAUAAACGCUGUCUGCACUGUGUUCCAGUAAACUUUCCACCAUGGAACUGUUGAGCUGCCAUAGGCCUGUAGGAGCUUCCUGGCCUAUCACAAGUUGUCUGGAACAUUAAGUUUGGUCAAUAAACCAGUGCACGCUUG